AUGGCUCCCGCCAAUCUCAUCUGGGGCGGAGGCUCCAUCAUGGUCGAAGAGUCUUUUCCCACUCUCGAAUCCAUCAAUGCAGCCCUAGAUAUCCUACAAGCCAAUGGUGUCAAGACUAUUGACACAGCCAGAUUCUACAUGAACUCUGAGGAGCGUCUGGGUCAGGCCAAUGCCAGCUCCCGCUUCGCCAUUGACACGAAACACCCCGGUGGGAUCGCCCCAGAGGCAAAUUCCCAAGAAUCGAUCGUUUCAAUCGCAAACGAGAGUUUGAAUUAUCUCCAAACAGACCAGGUGGAUGUCUACUACAUUCACGCACCCGAUCGUCGCGUUCCCCUCGAGGGACUUCUGGCCGGCAUAAACACCCUCUACCAAGCUGGAAAGUUCAAGCGUUUCGGUCUCUCAAACUACCUCGCCACAGAGGUCGACGAAGUCGCCCGCGUCUGUCAUGAGAAGGGAUACGUCCUGCCCAGUGUGUAUCAAGGAAACUACUCUGCCGUCGCGCGUCGGGCGGAGACAGAGCUACUACCAACACUGCGCAAGCACAACAUCUCCUACAAUGCCUACUCGCCUAUCGCAGGUGGAUUCUUGACUAAGGACGUUGAGAUUUUGGUUUCUGGUGGUGAGGGUCGAUGGGAUCCGAAGACAAAGCUUGGUGAACAGUACCAUGCCCUCUAUAAUACGAAGAACAUGCUCGAGGGCUUGAAGCUUUGGGAUAAGAUCUCUAAGGAGUCCGGCAUUCCCAAGGUUGAGAUGGCGUAUCGGUGGGUGGCACAUAACUCGGCGCUCAGCGGGCAGUCUGGGGAUGGGGUUAUCUUUGGCACGCGCACUAUUGACCAGCUGAAUCAGACUCUUGCUGCGUUUGCGAAGGGACCUCUUGAUUCUGAGAUUGCGGCGCAGAUUGAGCAGGUUUGGAAGAUUGUUGAGGUUGACGCGCCUUUGGAUAACUUUAAUGAUUUCACUGGUAAGCAGUGA